ACGCCGACAUGCGAGCAGCAAGCGAUUAGAGUGAUUUUGGCUUUUAAUGGGGACGAAUGGCCGGAGGCACGAUUCGAGGACUGGAUUAUCGUCGGAACGAAUAAUCGCGCUGAGUGCCGAUUGCAGGGCAAUGGCGAGUUGCAAUAUGUCGUCGAGUUGGCUGUUUUCAAUGAUCCAUGCCAAACUGAAAUGGUCAGGAUUUAG